CGAGUCAGAAUCAAAGAAGAGGAGGGACUUCCCUCUCGGAAGUGACCUGCGUGCUUUCUCCAUAGCCUGUGUGGGUGCUGCAUGAACUUCUCGUGUUUGCCCGAAGUUGGAGACACCGGGGGUAUUGUGACCGGCCCUAGGCCGUGGACUAGGAGGCCAGAAGCGCAUCGCCUCCACGGAGCAGGGCUGAGAUGGAUCCGCUCAGGGCCCAGCAGCUGGCUGCAGAGCUGGAGGUAGAGAUGAUGGCUGAUAUGUACAAUAGAAUGACCAGUGCCUGCCACCGGAAGUGUGUGCCUCCCCACUACAAGGAAGCAGAAUUGUCCAAGGGCGAGUCUGUUUGCUUGGACCGGUGUGUCUCCAAGUACCUGGACAUCCAUGAGCGGAUGGGCAAAAAGUUGACAGAGUUGUCUAUGCAGGAUGAAGAAUUGAUGAAGAGGGUGCAGCAAAGCUCUGGGCCCGCGUGAGGUCCCAGACAGUAGACACCCAAGGUGCACUGCCCCUUCCCACUUGUCUAAUAAAAGUGGCCCCAUUGGGUGUCUUCUGUGAAGACUGCCAGGCCUAGGUUCUCCCUGGAGCGUCUCCAGGGACCUAGACUAUGGCAGAGCUCCCUCCUGGUCAAAGAAGGGGUAUUUGUCACACUGGAAUGCGGCAGUAUGUAUGUGUAUGUGUGUAUGUAUAUAUUAAAACAAAUUUGUUAGCACCUA